UUACACCCAUAUGAGGACGCACUUUGUGUCAAUCGUGGCUGUCCUGGGGGAAACGAUAAUAACUGUGUCGUCUGCCUAAAUAGAUACACGCAUUGAAGAUGAGCUACUCUUAUACGUCUUUAUGACUUUUCUUGUAAUUACCGAAGCAUAAACAAUUCGGACGUCUUCGAUAAUAUGCUAGACCGAGCACAAACUCAAUAAAAGUAUACUGGAGAUUUUGAUGAGUAUAUGGGUAUUGGAGAGAGGUAUUUUGAGGGUGAAAUAGGAUUAUUUUGUGAAUUUAGAAGGAUGGAAGGAUUACAAGCUCCCCGUGCCUUCCCACACAAUAUUGGAACAUUUUAUGACACGGUUGCAAAUGGUCAUAACAAUGGUUAUAACCUUUCUCAUGACGGUAGUUAUGUGGGUUUAAUGAGCAGAUUCUCUUACCACAGCAGCACGAACUGUUUGCGAGGAUAUCCAAGUCCAGCGGGCGGAGGCGGCGGCGGUGGAGGAGGUGGCGGCGUCGACGCCGAGUCCAGCUCGGCGGGUUGCUGCUCGUCGACGGCGGCCAUCACGCCGACGAACUGUGCCAAUAACGGUGGUCAUUCAUGGACAUCGCCUCCUCCUAAUCAUGGUGAUAAGCCAGCUGGACAUUUUCCUUUCUUCUACCAAGAGGUUUAUACACCGGGCGUUCACCAUAGUCCGCCGACAUCGUUAGGCCAUCAUGUCUUGUCAACUCACGGAAAACACGGGUAUUCCAGCGGGUCUGCCAACCCUCAUCCCGCCUGUGGGAACGGGGACGACGACCCGUCAAGACCAGAGAGUGAUUCAGAUCACAGUGUGAGUCACCAGGCUGUAUCCGCCAGCUACACCUGGAUGGCGCCACCUUCUAACGUCCGCACGCGCAAGAAACGCAAACCCUACACCAAGUUCCAGACCUUCGAACUGGAGAAGGAGUUCCUCUACAACAUGUACCUCACAAGGGACCGCCGCUCCCACAUCUCCAGGGCGCUCAGCCUCACCGAGAGACAGGUCAAGAUCUGGUUCCAGAACAGGAGAAUGAAACUGAAGAAGAUGCGGGCGAGGGAGGAGAACGAGAGGAAAAACCAUUCGCAUCAUCCCGCCGGACAACAUCACCCACAACACCAUCAUCAUCUCGAGUCGAAGGGCGGUGACCACUGCUCCAUCGGAGGCGGUGGCGCCACGGAGCUGAUACACAAACCCAGCGCUAUUCACCAUGCCUAUGUUGGGGGCGGUGGCGGAGGCGGGGGCACACACGAAUCGAACCCGCUGGCUGAGUUACAGCAACAUGGUGUGUUGCAGCAUCAUGGCGUUUCAUCCAUCUAAUCAUCGAACAUAUUUGACCAAAGAUGGACCAAAAGAACAUGACAAGUAAACAAAGGAAAACUCGAGCUGAAUAGGAACUAUGCCGGUGCAAAUAAAAAGUGUUUAUGGUAUCUAAUGCACUGAAACUCGCUUCUGUCUCAACAAAACCACAGCUCUUAUGAAGGUGGAUACUUUAUGGAAUCUUCUUGACCAAAUAAGUUGAAUUCCAUAAAUAGCCUAAUAAUUCAGCGAAAGUUUCUGUUACACAACAAACAUAGUAUACUCUCAGUCAUGUCUGUUACCACAUUCAUUAGGACGAUAAGUAUUAGGGGCUGUGGUAGCAUUAUAAUUAUGCAGUUUGUAAGCAUGAUAUAAUGAUAACAAAAUGAAUUUUAUGUUUGUUUAGAUUUGUACAAAAGGACCCUUUUUAUCCAGGCGUUGCUAAAGGGUUGGUGGUACCUUCCCUUAUAGUUUCACGAUUAAAUUCUACUAUAACUCCAAGAGCUUUGAUCUUGAGGAAGGGGUACAAGCUUGAGUUUGGGGUACCUGCACCCCUACGACAAUUAAAACAUAGGUAUAAUGCUGAAGUGAAAUCGAUGAUUAUUUAAUAAGUGUUGGUUUUGUUCCUCGUUUUCAUUCAGGUAAUGCUGAACCCAAAUAUAUCUUAUAUGGUUAUCUAGGUGAUUAUAUAUAUUAUAUAUGACGACACGAUUCUUUCUUUCGAAUGCAUUUUAAUGAUUCGUUUGCUUUCUUCGCUUCUCUAUAUAGUCGCUCGUUGCCACAGGUGCAAUUUUGCACUAAAACAAUAGGCAACAAUAGUCCAACAUAGAGAAGUUGCAAAAUGACCCAUGUCCGGUCUUGAUUAGCUCCAUGACAAUCAUUUUAACAACGGUAUAUAUUAAAUAUUGCACUGGAAACAGUUAAAUAAUCUUGAAGCCUUUGGUAUAUGUAUAUAUCUAUCCCAUGAUAAAUGUCAUGAAUACCACGUGACAAAGGAACAUUAAUUGUGUUAAAUAUAAAGAAAUAGUUAAAUGGACAGCAUUCACAAAGCUUUCAUGAUGAAAAUUAAUACUAUGGAUAUUGUUUUUGGUAAUGUAGAAAUGUGAGCAAUACACUUGAAAUGUUGAAAAAUGAAUAAUUCCUUUUUUUCUGUCACUCUAAGUCUACCUCACAGCAGAAGGUCCAUGCUCAAAAUAAGGAUAAACAACUUGGCGGAAUGUUGAUGUUCAUCCUUUAGUUCUUGUUCUCCUUUUGCAUCGGUGAAACGGAAUAUAAAACUGCUUGACAGUCUGAACGUGCAUUGUAUACAUGAUAUAUAACUGGUAAUAUUUGCUAUAAAAUUAGUAGAUAGAUGUUGGGUAAUGCAAGACCAAUAUGGAUGCAGCGUGAAACAAAAAACCCAUGUUCCCUCAGGGAAUAAUGUAGUGACGUGUUCAGAGUGUGGGCAUUUUACAUGAGAAAAUAAUGGUAGCAAUUGCACAUUUACUAUAAUCUAAUUUUAAUUCAAUCGUGUUUUUUUUAAUUCAAGGAAUAACUUUAACAAAACUUGUUGCUAAUUGUUGGGAUUGUUUCUAGAUGCUUCUUUAUUGAUGCAAAUUAAUAUUUAGUCACUGUUUUGGUAGACUACAAAGAUUUCGUCAUAUUUCUUCAUUUUGAUCUGACAGACAGUAUGCAAGUUAUCAUUAUGUUUGUAUAUUACAAAAGCUAAAUAUUGGUAUUCACGAUAUACAGCUAACAUGAAUAAUUGUCAAGAUAAUUAUUACAUUGUGCUAAUAGCGGGAUUUCCCACUUGACUUUCAAAUUGUCCGAAGGUUCACGGACCGACACAAAUCUCAUAACAAAAUAAACCACGAGACAAAAGGUUUACGAGACUUUUGAAACGUUAAUGAGACUAAAUGACAAAGAGACCGACAAAAUCGGUCUCAUGAAAACAUCAAUAGGUAUCGAAGGUAUAGGAGAUCUUAAGUCAAUCGGCCUACGCAUGCAUCCACAAUAGACCUAGCAUCCAUGUAUUUAAAAUGUAUGCAUAGGCCUACUUUUUAAACAAAGGUUGGUCUUGACAACCUGAAUGCUUGCUCAAUUAGGCGUAUCCGACAUAGCAACAAGUUAUGUAUGCAGACUGGAUUCCGAGUAUUAUAAUUCAUUAAUUAAUAACAGGUUAAUGGAAUAACUCGUCACUAGGUCCCCAGGGAAGAAACAUCCAUAUAAUUAAUUGACUAUGUUAGUAAUCCGUUCUAUGCAGUUGUCAUGGUUCAUCACUCCAGUCAAUGCUAUAGGCUACCAGAAUGGCGCUCAGAGCAUUCAAGGAAUUUCUCU